AAUUAGGCUUCACAGUUGAAUGUUUUGGCACACAUGUUCUGGAUUAGGGAAGAAAUGUCCCUUACAUAUUUAUAACAUCCAAUGAUUUAAUGCAACAGUAGACAAAAAAGUAGGUGACUAUGACCUCCAGACAGUGAGUCUUUAUUUUUUAUUUUGCGUUUUGACGCACAGACAGCUUAAUUUCUCUAUUCUAUCAAAGUAGCAUAUCACCGAAGAAGCAGCUGAAAAAAAGCGAGUGCCUGCUAUUUCAGCCAGUGAACACGAGUACGAUCGAUGUGAGCUUGUUCCUCUUUUCACCAACUCAGUGAGAUCAAACUUCCUCGUACAAGUCCAGUGCGCUACGCUCUGCCACCCCGUCCGCAUCUGCAAUCUAUCCCAAAAUAAAAAGCGACCGAAAAGGGAUGGAACCUACAUAAAAUGAGGAAUAUUCUUUGAACGGUCACCCGAAUCUAGAAGAACAUAUACAACUACAGAAGGAAAAACCGAAGUGAUUGGUUGAAGCGCGAAGACAUCAUGGGCUGUGUGGGCUCAAAGAAGGAGGAGCCUCCCAGCAAAGGGACGGGUAACGACGAGCUGCAGAACCGCGCACAGACGGCCCACUAUGUCAAAGACCCCACUGCAGGAAACUCUGGGAGCAAAGCUAGCAAAAUGCUGUCCAAUGCAAACUCUUCAGAUGGAGAGAGUAUUGCAAUGGCACUGUAUGACUAUGAGGCCAUUCAUGAAGGAGACCUGGGCUUCAAGAAGGGAGAUAGGCUUCGAAUCUUAGAGGAAUCGGGGGAGUGGUGGAAAGCUAAGUUAAUCAGUACAGGGCAGGAAGGCUUCAUCCCCAGUAAUUAUGUAGCCAAAGAUACUCUGGAGGCCGAGGAGUGGUUCUUUAAGGGCGUGAGCAGGAAAGAUGCUGAGAGGCAGCUGCUAGCCCCUGGGAACAAAGUGGGAUCCUACAUGAUCAGAGACAGCGAGACCACCCAGGGCAGCUACUCUCUGUCUGUCAGGGACAGCGAUGGCCAUUCUAGUGACACAGUUAAACAUUAUAAGAUCCGUACACUGGACAACGGAGGAUUCUACAUCUCUCCCCGCAACACCUUCAGCACCCUGCAGGAGCUCGUCAGCCAUUAUAAGAAGCAGGGAGAUGGCCUCUGCCAAACCCUGACCCACCCAUGCUUGAGCCCCAAACCUGAGAAGCCAUGGGAAAAAGACGCCUGGGAAAUCCCAAGAUCAUCACUCAAAAUGGAUAAGAGGCUCGGUGCCGGCCAGUUUGGAGAAGUCUGGAUGGCUACAUACAAUAAGCACACCAAAGUAGCAGUGAAGACCAUGAAGCCUGGCAGCAUGUCAGUUGAAGCCUUCAUGGCUGAGGCCAACCUGAUGAAGACUCUUCAGCACGACAAACUGGUCCGACUCCAUGCUGUGGUCACCAAGGAGGAGCCUAUCUAUAUUAUCACUGAGUUCAUGGAGAAAGGUAGUCUUUUAGACUUCUUAAAGAGUGAUGAGGGCAACCGUGUCCAGCUCCCCAAGCUCAUUGAUUUCUCUGCCCAGACUGCAGAGGGCAUGGCCUACAUUGAGCAGAGGAACUAUAUCCACAGAGACCUGAGAGCUGCCAACAUCCUGGUCAAUAAGGCUUUGGUGUGCAAAAUUGCUGACUUCGGCCUUGCUCGUAUCAUUGAAGAUAACGAGUACACAGCCAGGGAAGGAGCCAAAUUCCCCAUCAAAUGGACAGCCCCUGAGGCCAUCAACUACGGCUCUUUCACCAUCAAAUCUGACGUCUGGUCCUUUGGCAUCUUACUGACUGAGAUUAUCAGCUAUGGACGCACACCAUACCCAGGGAUGACCAACCCAGAGGUGAUUCGUGCCCUGGAGAAGGGCUACCGAAUGCAGCGCCAGGACAGCUGUCCCACCGAACUCUAUGAAAUCAUGCUGGAGUGCUGGAAGAACAAGCCUGAGGACCGUCCCACCUUUGAUUACCUGCAGAGUGUCCUGGAGGAUUUCUACACAGCCACAGAAAGCCAGUAUCAGCAGCAGCCAUGAGACUUAACAUCCACCGACAUAUUUUCACCUACAGUACUGUUCCAAUGAUCAGCAAGUUCAGUUUUUACAUGCAGCAGUGCAGUUCAGAAGACACACAUGCUCUCUCUUUACCAUUCGCUCUCUGUCUGUCUCUCUUUCUCUUUUACGCACACAUAAUGUAUAGUAACAAGGGACUGUACAAAAAUUAUUGGGGAGGGUUAAAGCUAGACCCUACCUAACAUUUUAAAUGUUUUCAUUCCAUUUGCUCCCUUUGAAUUACAACUUUCAAAGUAAUGUGACCGCAGUAGAGAGAUUAAGAAAAGCAAGAUAUAAAUAGAAUAUAUUCAGCAAUAUUAUGACAAUACAAUCCUACCUCAUACUUAGGUCAGGGGCACAGCACAACAGAUGCUGACUGAUGAUGGUCUGAAGGCUUGGUUACAGGCUAAGAUGUCCGCAGCUGCAUCAUUUAUACUGGAUAGUUAUCUUCACAAAAUUGACUGUAAAUCAUCUGGAUGUAGACCAGCAGCAGGUUUGUAAAUCAAUGAACCUAUACAGUAGUAAUCAGUACAUGAUAUUUGCAGAUAUGAGUGUUAGUUACAUCUGCAGCACCUAAUAUGAAAAGUGGCACUCAAAAGAACGGGUCACAUAAUGUAUUGUUUCUUCUAUUGGACUGAUUUUGUUUUACUACAUAUAGCACAUAUUAUGUGGAUCGGUGGAUGUGACCUGUUUAUCUAUCUAGAGAUGAAUGUGAUUUGGUUAAAUCUUUUAGCUUUUUGAGGUGGGUGGCAAAACUGGACAUGUGUCAGAAUCUUCUCUGCAUGUAAAAGUGAAAAAAAGCAAGUGUGCUUGGAGAAGCCCUGUCGGCAACACAGGCAAGGCCAGAAAGACUGGGUACUACUAACAAAUUUGCAAGGGUAGGCUGAAAUAAAACAACACUGGGGGGGGGGACAACAGACCGUCUACUGUAAAUAUUUCUGAGUACAUUUUCCUAAACAAUAAGAAAAGAUAAAUACUGUAGCCCUCCCACUUUUCUUUCCUCACCACCCUUAUAUAUUCAGUAUAUAUAUAUUCUAUUAUAAUUUUUGUACAGUCCCUAACAGUCAAACACCUUUAACGGUCUUGUAUGUAGGAGGCUGUUCUGUACUGUAUAUGAUUUUGUAAAAGCAUGACUGUCUCACACGCAAAAUAUAAUAUUACACAAGUACAAAGACACAUGUCCAUAUUCUCAAACAAAUGACUGUAGACCACCUGAGAGCAGCCACUUGAAAAAGACUGGAUGUAGUUGAUUUGUUGCUCCAGCACACAUUGUGCAUCCAUCAGGGGAAGGUAUAACCACAACACAGAUGUUCACAUUGAAAUAUGUGCAGUGUUCAUCUCUGAUAUUACGUCAACAAUUCAGCAAGCAAAGCUGUAGUUAUCCACUCCCCUUCAAUUGAAGGUACAGUGUUUUGCAAUGUGAAAGGAUAGCAGACACUGUGGACUUACGUGGAUAUACGGCUGAUUAUGCUUAAAUCCUCUAUUUAUAUUCCAUGGUUAUUAAUUUCCAUUAUAAUGUGGCUGGUUUCAUAAUUACUCCUUCAUUGUGCCUUUUGCAGUGGUUUCUUCUUCUUUUACUAUUAACAUGUAUAAUAUAUUCUGCACGCUCUGUAUAUAUAUAAACUGGUGUACACAAAUAAAUGCAAUGAUUCAGGAGAAGAGUCUUUUAUGUGAUGCCAUAUUAACUAAUAAUUAUCAUUUUUGUUUAAUAAACAUGUGUUUGGGAACUAAAUGAAAAAGCAGUGCAUAUUUUUUUCACAUUGCUUUUUUGCUUUUUUCGGGAUGACUAAUUUAUUUGUGCAGAUAAUCUACUGCUUUGAACUUCUGUGUAUCUUGAAUGGAAUUAUCUUUUCAAAUGUAAAAGCUUUUAUUAAAAUUUUUCUAGUGAAGGACUUGUGAUUUUUAUUUUAAUAUAUGAUUCAAUUAUAUUUUGUGCAUUAUUUUGGAAAUAACCAUGUGUUUUGUGGACCAAAAUCCUAAAAUCUGAAAAGGAAUAUUCUCAAGUAUUCGCAUAAUUUAGAAAUUUCAUGAUUUGGUAUCAUUCAUUCAGAGAGAACUGUGUGCAACAAUACCUGAUAGAAUACUUAUAAAGAGAGGUGAUAUGCGACAAUAGGGAAUCAAUUCCCCUCAUUAUAUAUAAAUUCAUAGGGAUAUGGAUGUUUUUGUGUUUUCCUUUAUCUAUAUAAAGCCCUUUGCAUAUUUUGUUAGAUGCUUGGUUGAAUGCAACUGUGUGAAAUGUUUCAAAUAAAGUGUUUUAGAAACAAA